AAACAAAAUUUGGGUUUAAAUGCGGGCGAUGCACGUUACACAAUAAUGAAUGUGAGCACUGUACCGCAUCCGUUCUCCGAAAUUGAACAAAGCAACGUGGAACAGAUCAUCUCUCAUACAUUCUCUUCAACAAGAAUUUAUCUGACAUUUGGAAAUGUUCGUUUAUUUCGUCGGAUACUGCUGGAAAUGGGAGCGCAAGGUUUGAUGGAAUCAGGAGAUUAUGUGCUGAUUUAUCUGGAUCCCGAUUAUAACUGGCUUAACACCUAUCAUGCAAUGAAUAAUCAUUUCUUUCGAGAGAAUACUUAA